AUGAGAUACUUUGUCUUUUCCAGUGGUUUUCAGCUUGCAUCUGCUAAGGCUGCUCAACAUAGACUAGAUCGUGGUGUUUGGACUAGUGUACAUUUUGGGGAUAUGAGGCGUGCCUUAUCUGCAUGUGAACGUCUUAUUCUCCUGGAAGCUGAUCCAAAGGAAUUAAGAGACUACAGCAUUCUUCUGUACCAUUGUGGAUUUUAUGAACAAUCACUUGAAUAUUUAAAGUUGUAUCAGGACACAAAGAGUCGCCCACUACGGAGGCAACCAUCUGAUUCAUUAGCCAUUCUUGAGGAAGAUGCCGUGGAGAAAUUGAUGAUACGCCUUAACCUAAUUUUGAUGGAGGAUGGUUGGAGCAGGCCGUCAUAUGCUAGAAAUUUUCUUGGUAAUAACUCUGAACCAUGGUAGUGCUUCAUGUAAAUUAUUGCCGAUAGCAGUACAAAUCCCAAUCAGUAGGAGGUUCAUGUAAAGUGGGAAAAGAGGCACUUAAUUGAACUUCAUCCCAGAAAAGUUUUGUCUGGUUACAUGUCUUAUCUUGUGUAAAUUGAUGUAUAUAACAUGUGCUUUUUAUUCUCAGUAACAAAAUGUUACUUUAUUUGUGAUUUGAGUAAUAGUAGAUUAUGUGGAAUCUUAAAAACAGAA